AUGCUCCCUGAUUCUAAGUAUGAUAUUGUUAUUAACCAUUAGUAAUUAGCAAUCAAUUAAAUUAUCUCCUAAAUUAAAGGGAAUAAUUGUAUCCCAAUUAAUUAAGACAUAAUCUUCUCUCACUUUAUAAGAUGCAUUUAUAAGGUACACUACUUUACUAUUCAUUUUUAGAUGGUAAGUAAGAACUAACCCUGAAAUUGUGAAGAAGGCUGUUGACAAAAUCCUAUUGAAUUCUAAGUUGAAUUAAUUUAACGCUUUCUAAAAACUCAAAUUCUUAUUAGGGUAUUAAAAACUAUAAGGUAAAUAGUACUAAACCACCAAAGGAAGCUAGAAUGAAUGCAAGAAAAAAAAAGAAUUUGAGUAUUAUCAAUCUGGCCUUAUUUAUUCAAAAAAAAGAAUUCUAACUCAAAAGAUAGGCAAUUGAAUCAAUUAAACCAAAAUCAUAAGACACAAAUAAAAUGCUUGGCUUAUUAUUAUGGUCAAUAAAUUCAAAAUAUAGAGAAAGAUAUUUAAGAGAAAAAUUUUAAUGGUGGAAAUUAAUUGCUAAAAUAAAAUCAAAUAAAUUAGAAAAACAACUUAAAGCAUUAGAAAAAUUAGGAGAAGAAUAUAAUAUGAGAAAUGAUAGAUUAGAUAGAUAAAGAUUAAAAGAAGUAGAUAAUUAUAUAAUUAAUAAUAGGCAUUUGAAAUUUGGAGAGGAGAUUUAUUAAAUUUUAGAUUAAAGAAAAAGUUUUUUGCUGUUCUCCUUAAAACAACAUUUGGAAGAUUAUAAAGAUGUUAUACAAGAUGGGUUGAUUUACCAGAUAAAAGAGAAAAUGAUAUUAAAAAAUAAGGAUUAUUAUUAAUUAAUAAAUUAGGCAAUAAAGUAGAUUAAAAUAAAAGAUUAGUUUGGAAUGCAUUCAAAGAUAUUCAUGAUGAAGCUAAAAAUAAAAAAACUAAAGUUAUUAGGGAAUUAAUUGAAGUGACAUUCAAUUAAUCAUAUACAGCAUUUUAUAAAUGGGCAAAUUAUAAUACUUAUGCUAAAUUAACUGAAACUAAUCUAAAGAAAAUUAAAUCAUUAUAAUAGAGUGCAAAUGUAACUCAUUAAUUAGUUAAACAAGAAACUUAUAAAUUAUUUAAUCUUAGUAAUAAAAUGUAAAUAUGUUCAUUCCUAGACAAAUUUAUUUUGAAAUUGCAAUAAAGAUAAAAAUUAGAUACUUUGAGAUAAAUUCAAAAUUAUUGUGUUUAAAAGAAAAUGGAAGAAAAACUAAAUAAUAUAAAUAAAUAAGACUUAAUAUAAAAAUUAAAAGAUACAGCAAAUAAAACUGAAAAGGGAUUGCUCAAAUAAAUUUUAAAGAAAUUUUAAAUCAAUAAAAUAAAUGAAGAGAUCAAAAAUAAGUAUUUUAAUAGAAUUCUAUUAACUGUUAAUGGAUAAUUAAUUGAUUCAUUUAGAAAAUGGAAAACCUUACCCAAUCCUCAUGAUAUUAAUAAUAUUUAAAAGGCUUCUAAAUUUUAAAUUAAAUUGUAAAUGUUUAUCAAAAAUAAAAAUAAAUAAGCAUAUGAUCCAUUAAAAUAUCUAUAUUAUGAUGCCUUGUAAAAGAAGCGAUUUUGUAUAAGAUAAUUAUUUUCAGUUACAAUGAGUGCUCCUUAAAGAUAUUUAAAAUAAUGGUAGAAUGUAACCAAAGUUUAUAAAUCAGUAAUAGCAUGUUAAAAAACAAAUAAUUUCUUUUAUUCUUUAGCUAUGAUAAUAUAAUCAAAUAUGCUUAUAUUCAUUUAAAAUAAAAAAGAUAUAGAUAAUAAAGAGAAAUGCAUCUAAAAAAUAUUAGCAUCUCAACAUAGUAAUUUAGCUAUAGCCUUUUUUAGAUGGAAAAGUUAUAAUAAAUAAGAGUAAAUUUUGGAGAGAUUGGGAGAUGAAAAAAUGAAAUUUUUUAUUUUAAAUUUAAAGAAAUUCUUAGAAAAUGAUAAAAAAUAAAGAUUAAGAAGAACUUUAAAUUAAUUUUAUUAGAAUCUAUAGAUAGCAUAAUAAAUAAAGAAAAUAAAUCUUAGAUUAAUGUAAACUGUAAUAGGAUAAGUAAGUUCUAGUUUUUAGAAAUGGAAAUAUUUACCAGAAGAUAAGAUAAAUGGAUAAACAGCAAAAGUAAGUAAAUUUAUGAUAUCUCUUGGAAGAGUUGCUUAUAGAUUUGUAAAAGUAAAUUCAUGGAAUAUUAUGGAAGAUUAUCUAUUAGAUGGUUAAGCUAAAAAGAAAUAUUGUAUAAACAAAAUUAUAUCUAUUGGAUAAAGUGAUAUAAAAACAGCAUUUUUGAUUUGGCAUAGAAGAUCAUGGGAAAUGAAGAUGUUUGAUUAAUUUUCAUAAUUGAAUGUUACAUUAAAUGAUGAAAUAAUUAAAUAAAGAUUAGUUAAUUGGAUUAAUUCAGGUUAUAAAGUAAAACAUUAUGCAUUAAUUGAAAUAUUAAAGAGAUUUCAUUAAAAUGCAGAAUCUUAAAAUUUAAGAAGAAAAGCAUUAGCAAUAAUACAUAGAAAUACAAUCUCUUAAGUUUGGAUAUCAUUUAAUAAAUGGAAAUAAAUUCCUGAAUUUGAUUAUACUUAAUUAGCAAAGGUAACUAAAUUUGAAUAAUCAUUUAAUCAUUUCUUAAUUCGUUAUAUAAAGAAAAAGACUUGGAAUCCAUUACAUGAAAUAUAUGAUGAUGCACUUGCAAUAAAAAAGAGAGCAGUAUUACUACUUGUUAAAACAUAAGAAUCAGAAUAAUAAAAGGCACUUAAUAAAUGGAAUAAGAAUGUAUGUUUGAUUUAGGAAGUUUAGAGAUGUAAGAGUGUUAUAUAAUUAUUUAAAUUUAUUGGUAAUCAAAUUUAAUGUAAUUUAUAAAUUAUGCAACCAAAUACAGAAUCAAAAUUAAAGGAAAAAGCAAUAUUAAAGAUAAUUGAAGGAAAUAAUGAUAACAUUAGAUAUUUCUUUAUGAGAUGGAUUAAUUACUUAAAAUUUGAAAGAAUAUAAGCAAUAGAAGGAGAAAAAAAAGAAUUUUUGAUUCGUUAGAUAGGAUUCUUUUAUAAAAAUAACAUAAAAUCUAAAUUAAGAUUGGUAUUAUCUAAAUUCAAAAGAAAUUCAAUAUUAAGUGCAGUUUAAUAGAAGUUUUUUUCAAGAUUAUUUGCUACUAAAUUUGGAGGAGCAAUUGUAGCAUUUUAGAAAUGGAAAAAUCUACCUGAAAUAUAAAAUUAUGAAGAUAUUAAAAAAGGAAGAAAAUUAGAAAAAUUAUUGGAAAACCUUUUUAGAGGGAGAAUCAAAUUAUCAUAUGAUCCAUUAAAAGAUGAAUAUUAAGAAGCUAUAAAUAAGAAAAUGCAUUGCAUUAGAAAAUUAAUUAUCUUAGGAAUGGGAUUAAAUAAGAGAUUAUUUUUAUAAUGGAGAAAUACUAAUAGGUUAUUAAAAUCUAUUGAAACUUGUAAAUAAACUACAAAUUUCUUCUAAACUCUUGCAUUUACAAUAUCUGGAAAUGUCUAAGUUAUUUUUAAGACUAAUCAACUUUAAGAGAAAGUCUUUUAAAAAAUGUUAACAUAAUAUACCAACUUAUUAAGAUGGGCAUUUAUUAAAUGGAAUAAUUAAGCUAAAUCUGAUAAAAUUGCCUCAUUAAUGGAUGAAGAGAAAAAAAAGUUAUUAUUAUUUGCUCUUUAAAGAAAUUUAAAACAUAAUGAAAUUGGUUAAUUAAGAGAUAUCUUAAGAAAAUUUAAUGAUGGUAGAAAUAGAUUAAAUUUAAUUAAAAAAUUAUAAUUAAAAUUAUUACAUACAUUUGCAGGUUAAAUUGAAACAUCAUUUUUGAAAUGGAAAUAAUUACCUGAUCAAUCUAAAAUAAAAUAAGCAUCAAUAUUUGAAUAGAAGAUUAAUUCAUUUAAAAUGUAAAUAUUAAAGAAGAAUAGUUUUAAAUAUUUAUAAAAUAUAUACUAUGAUGGAUAAGCAAAAUAGAAAUAUGCAAUAAAUAAAAUGAUGUUUAAUUGUAUGAGUGUAGAAAAGAAGGUAUUCUAAUAAUGGAAUAAAGUAAGUGAAUUAUAAAAAACAGAAGAGAGAGCUAGUAAAGUUUUUAGAUUUUUUGGUUCAAUAAAUCAAAUUCAAUAAAAUCAUAUGUAUUUCUUCUAUGAAGAUUAAAUUAAAUAAUUGAAAAAGUAAGAAGAAUUAGUUCGUUUAUUAAAAGAAUGGGAAGAUAUGUUUAAAGAUUCUUAUUAGAAAUGGAAAUAAACUCAAGCAAAAUUAGAUUUAUUGGCUAGUUAAAAUAGAUAGAAAUAGAAAUUUUCUAUCAUUGAAAUACUAAAAGAUUAUAUUUAGAAUAAAAAGAAUUACAAUUUAAGAUUGAUAUUAAGAAAGUUUAGUAAUUCUAAUAAGAGCUAAAAGGCAGUUAAUAAGUUUUUAUUGGGAAUAUCAAAUUCAUCAAUUGGUUAAUUACAUAAUUCAUUUUAAAUGUGGAAGAGAUUACCUGAACCCUAAAAAACUAAAUAAGGAUAUAUAUUUGAAAAGAAAAUGUUUAGUUUAUUCAGAAGAUAACUAUUACUAUCAUUUGAUAGUUUAUAAGAUAUUUAUUUUUAGGCAUUAAAUAAAAAGAAAAGAGUUUUAUUAUUAUUAGUAAGAUGCACUAAAUCAUAAUAAUAAUAAGCAGUAUAAAGAUGGCGUGAUGCAAUUAAAUAAAUGAAUUAAUAAGAAAUAUAGAAUGUAUAAGAAAAUAGAAAGUUAGCUAUAUAAUUAUUUUAUUAACACAAAAUGAAUUAGUUGAAUGUAGCCUUUAUUGAAUGGAGAGAUACAAUUAGAAUAAAUGUAAAUAAAUAAGAAAAUAAAACUUAAAAGUAAGAAAGAUUAAAAAAAGAAGCCAUUUUAUUAUUCCAAAAUUAUGCAUAUGUAAGAUUAAGAGUUUAUUUCACUUAAUGGAAGAUAAGAGCAGUUAAAAGAAAUAUGAUAUAGAUUUGUUAAGCAAUCUAAAGAAUGAUAUAAUUAAAUAGAUUUUCUGAAAAGGCAAUUAAAAAAUAUGUUAUGGAUAUUUGGAGAGGAUAGCCAUCCAAAAAUAAAUGGUUUAAGAGAGUUGCUGAUAUUAUAGCUAAGAAUUCAAGAAUUAGUAAAUAAGUAGCAUAUUGGAGAAUGAGAGACAAUAGUUUAAAUUAAAAAGCAGUUGGGUUAUCUACUCAAUAAAUUAUUAAAUUUAAAAAACUAUUCAAUAAUUUAUGUAAAGCUUUUGAUAGAAUAAAACAAAGAGCAUUUACUCAUUUAGAACAUUAUGGUAAAGGUAUACCUGAUGAUAAUUCAUUUUAACCUUCACAUUCUAGUUUCUUGUAAUAGACUCCUAUCAAGGAAGCUUUCUUCAAAUCAGAUAUAGAUUCAAUCAUAUCAAAAAAUGGUCAAAAGAUGGCCCUUAAUACUAUUUCAAGAAUCUUUAGAAUAUAUUUCAAAUAGAGAUUUAUUGAAUUUAUGAUUGAAUUAGAUGAUUAGAAAUAAAGAAGUAUAUCCACUCCUUAGAAAAAAGGAGUUGAAAAAUUAUUUGCAAUUCUAGAAUAGAAUUUGAAAUUGAAACAAUAAGUUAUAUGUUUUUAAAUAUCAUAAGUAAUUAUAAUAAUAAGUUAUUUAGGUUAAUGAAUAAGGAGUACUGAAUUAAAUUAAUGAAAUUAUUAAUUAUUAAAAUUCAACUUAAAGUGCUAGUAGAUUAGAAUUAAGUUAAAUAAAGGAAUAAUAAAUAAAAUUAAAUGAAUAAGAGAGAAUGAUAGAGGAUUUAAAAGAGAAAAUAAGAUACAUGGCAAUUAAUAGGUAUAAUUUCUUAAUAAAUCUUAUAGAUUAGUCUAAGCCUUAGAAAAAUGUGAAGAUCAUUUGGUUGAGGAUGCAUUUUUAGGCAUAUAUGAAUACUAACUUAAAUGAAUAAUUAUCAUAUAAAAUGAAG